UGGAGUGGUGUGUUGUGGAUUUUAAGCACUAUUCCAGUACAACACGUACUAUCAAACUUAAAGAGGAAACAUGUUGCAAACGCUUUAUUAUUUUACCGAUAUCGAAUGAUGAUUAUCCAUUAAUAAACCUGUAUAUCUACCAUUUUUCAAAGAAACGAAAUUGUUACAUUCUCAUUGAAUUAAUGGCAAUUCAUUUUAAAAUUUUCAUUUAACCAAACUGUGAAUAGGUGCCUUUAAAUUGUAGGUCGCAUGUUAAAUUGUAAAAGAAAAACUCGCACGAUCUAAAUUCGGUUUUCUAAACCGUGAGUCACACAAUUUCCGGUUUCUUAUUACGUUAACUGUUUCUAAUAAUAAUCAAAUUGGAAGCUACAACAGUAUCCAGUUACAUAAUUAUUGCGUUACGUGUUUAUUAACAUCGAAACUACAGCCUGUAGUCAUGGCUGACGAGGCUGAUCGUGAAAUACGAGAGGAGGGUCCUGAACAUACACAGCCAGCUAAAGGGAAAGUGCAAAAAUUGCGCCAGAAGUGGGCCGUGCAAGAGGAUGGCGCGCUCGCUCAUAAGCUUCAGAAAGAAGAAUAUGAUCGACAUUACGAUCUUAACCAUUUGAAGCGUCGCACGGCUCGCCAGGACAUUUCGGUCGCCCAAAUGUUACUCACAGACGACGAGAUUCGUCAGCAAGAUUUGACGACUGCCGUUGCGGACGGCGAAUCUCAGAAACCGUCAACCGAACUAACGGACGAGGAGUAUGCCAUAGCACUACAAGAACAAGAGAAGCGAGGCUACGGGCGUUAUUUGGAGAAAGAAAAACACCCAAAGUCAAGGAAACCAGACAGGUGUGCAAGGCAACAAGCUGGGCAUGCAUCGGUCAGCACAGGUAACCUUGAGGAUGGCGUUAGUGACCUUCACAUUGGUGGCCAUGAUCACAAUCGACGGUAUAAACGACGGGAACACCCAAGUCGCACUUUAGAGGGCGAUAGGGACCCCUUCGGCCCACCGGACCACCUAGAUCCCGCACAGCAACGGAUUCUCCAGGAAAAGAAAGACGAGGAGUUGGCCAGGCAACUUCAGGAGCAGGAGCAAAUGGGUAGCGGUCGGCGGGGACGCGGACGAGGACGACGGGAACAUAAUCACAGUGGACAUUACCAGGGUAGACAUAACGAUCCCUCUGACACCGUUGGACAUGGAUCUUACCAGUUUUCAUAGAAAAAAAGAAAACACUUUUCAUGAAGCCGACCAAUUGCUGCGUGCUUCCUUUUUAAUUGUUUUUCCUAUGUUUAGUAACAGGGACAUUGACCUUGGCAAUUCUGGUUCCAAAUGUAAUCCCAAGCAUGGACUGCAUGUAGGCUAACUGUGCCCAAAAAUAAGUGCAAUAACCCCAUCCAACAUGACACCAGUUUCUAUAUUUAGUAAUAAUGGUCUUAACCUUGACCCUAUAAACAAUCUCAAUGUUAUUCUUUAUGUAAGCUACAUACUCGCAAAGUUACAAAGCAAUAACUUUAAUCGAGUGGAAACCUUUUUUUAUUUUAAGAACCAGUGAUUGGCCUUGAUCCUACUGGCCCAAAAUGAAAUCCGAAGCUAGGUUUGCGUGUAGGCUAUCUACACGCAAAGUUUCAGUGCAAUAUCUCCAUGCAAACUUAAAUAUUCGACCAUUUGACGCCCCGCCCGCCCACCAGCCCGCUAUACCCUUGUACAAUAACUAGAACUCAACCUCAUUCAAUACGUAGUUAAAAAUGAUAAAAAGGAAGCAUCUUAUUUCAUACGUUCAAUACAUUCAAACAACUCUUUAGCUUAAAUUAUUGCAAAUAUGACGGAUUAGAAAGCAGAUCAUCAUUGUGAAUAAUAAUUGUUUAUGUAGCGUACUUUGUUUUGUGUUUCACCCUUUCAUACAAAAACCAUUUAUAUUGCGUAAACUUUGGACAAAACACGUUUGUCCUAAUGACAUUUCGAACACGAUCGUAUAAACGUUUCUGAUAAGAUCAAGAAGCAUAUCCAAGGAAUGGGGCGUUGCGAGCAGAACUAUAGGAAGCGCAACGCGUUCUGCCAGAGUGAUUAAAACACGACACGUUUUUGCCAUGUUCCACUUGUACAUGUAUUUAUUUUUCGCUUAUAACUAUUUAUCACUCAUAAUAGGCUUCUUCGCUUGUUUUCAUGAUUAUGGUUUUGUCCAUGUACGUUUUAGGUAUGUUUAGUUUACUUGUGAGUGUGGGCAUGUGUGUAUGAGAGUGGGCGUAUUCGUGCGCGCGUGUGUGGGUGUGGGUGUAUGCGUGUUGGCGCGCGUUUGUUUUUUUUUGCAUUUUGCUUUGCCUUCGUCUUUGUUAAUUUUAUUGUGAAUUUGUGUUGUCCUCGUGUGCCUAAUUUGGCGUAUUGGAUAGAAAUAAACACAUACCAUGCUAUCAA